CGGUGAGGUCCAAGGCCACACUUGCCUCUCACUGGAGACACCUGUAGUGUCACGUCCUGAAGAAAGCCCAGCUCAGUCCCCAUCCUUACUCACAGAGCAAUGGCGGAGAUAGCUACCCUGGCAGCACUGCAGGAAGCAGCCAAGUGCCCCAUCUGUCUUGAUUACCUGAGAAGCCCCAUCACCACUGAAUGUGGACACAACUUCUGCUGCUCUUGCAUCCAACAGUCCUGGGCAGAUCUACAAAACAGGUUCCCUUGCCCUGUCUGCCGUCACCAAUGCAGAGAAGGGCGUGUCAUGGACAAUGCCCAAUUGGGAAGGAUGAUAGAAAUUGCCAAGCAUCUCCAGCCCAGGAGGAAUAAGACGAAGAGUCAGGGAGAGUCGCCCAGGUGUGAGAAGCACAGCCAGAUCCUGACCCUGUUCUGUGAGGAGGACCUGGAGGUGUUGUGUCACCGGUGCACUCAGCUCCCUGACCACCAGGGCCACAACGUGAGGCCCAUCAUGGAGGCUGCCUCUGAUCACAGGGGCAGGAUCCACAGUUACAUUGAGCCUCUGAAGAGGCAAGUGGCAGACAUUCAAAAUUUAAUAAGCAUUCAAAGCAAAAAGCCCUUUGAACUGAGAAAGAAAGUGGAGAACCAAAGGAAACAACUAUCCUCUGAAUUUGAGAACUUGAACCAAUUUUUAGAACGUGAGCAACAAGCAGUUCUCUGGAGGGUAUCUGAAAGUGAGAGGGACAAUCAACAGAAGCUCAGCACCAACAUAGCAGAAUUUUCAAACUAUGGUUCAGCCCUCCAGCGCCUCUUAAACAAGGUACAAGAGCACAGUGUGAUGCCUGAAGUGGAGCUACUAUCACAAGUCAAAAAUUUCUAUAAGAAGUCUGACAAUGAGGUUAGUCCAUCUAUCUUUUCAGUUGAUUUAAAGAGAGAAAGUUGUAAUUUUCCUCCCCAGUAUUCUGCUCUGCAGAAAAUUAUAAAGAAAUUUAAAGUGGAUGUAAUUCUAGACCCUGAAACAGCACACACUAACCUGAUUGUCUCUGAAGAUAAAAAAUCUGUGAGAUAUACAAAGAGAAAACAAAAGGUUCCUGAUCUUCCAAAAAGAUUUGUAAUCAAUCCGGUUGUGCUAGGAUUCCCGUAUUUUCAUUCUGGCAGGUAUUUUUGGGAGGUAGAAGUGGGAGACAAGCCUGAAUGGGCUGUUGGCAUUUGUGCAGUCUCUCUUUCCACCAAGGGAAGGAGGGCCCCAUCAGUGCCACAGGGAUGCUGGAGGGUCCAGCUGAAGGAUGGUGGCUAUGAUGCACAAGGAGCUAUUCCAAACCCUCGGGUGUUAGGUGAGAAACCCAAGGGCAUUGGCAUUUACCUGGACUAUGAGCUGGGUGAGAUCUCGUUCUAUGUUAUGCCGGAGAAGUCGCUCAUGUGUACUUUCACUGACAAUUUUACUGUACCUCUCCGACCUUAUUUCUAUGUAGGACCUGACUCAAAACCCCUCAGAAUCUGUACAAGAACAGACUCUGAAUGA